CACCUUUUUCAGACGGACCUAACGCUAGCUUCGCUGGGUGAGUUAUUAUUGAUUCCAGAGAUGCCCAAAAAGAAAACCGGAGCCAGGAAAAAGGCGGAGAACCGCAAAGAGAGAGAGAAACAGAUCCGAGCCAACAGGGAGCAUGUGGAAGUGGCCAAACACCCCUGCAACGUGAACAUGGAAUGUGACAAAUGUCAGCGGAAGCAGAAGAACAGGGCAUUCUGCUACUUCUGUAACUCUGUGCAGAAGCUGCCUGUCUGCGCUCAGUGUGGUAAAACUAAGUGCAUGAAGGCUUCAGAUUGUGUUAUCAAGCAUCCAGGGAUCCACAGCACAGGAAUGGCCAUGGUGGGGGCAGUGUGUGACUUCUGUGAAGCCUGGGUCUGCCACGGUAGGAAAUGUCUGAGCACCCACGCCUGCUCGUGUCCUCUGGCCGACGCCGACUGCAUCGAGUGCGAGCGUGGAGUCUGGGAUCACGGAGGUCGGAUUUUCCGCUGUUCCUUCUGUCGGAAUUUUUUAUGUGAGGAUGAUCAAUUUGAGCACCAGGCCAGCUGUCAAAUCCUACAGGCAGAAACCUUUAAAUGUGUUUCCUGUAACAGACUGGGACAACACUCGUGCCUGCGCUGUAAGGCCUGUUACUGUGACGACCAUGCCAAGAGUAAAGUGUUCAAACAGGAGAAAGGCAAGGCUCCACCUUGUCCGAAGUGCGGCCAUGAGACCCAGGAGACUAAAGACCUCAGCAUGUCCACUCGCACCUUGAAGUUCGGUCGGCAGGCCGGCGGCGAUGACGACGACGACUACGAGGGCGCGUCCGGGUACGACGCCUACUGGAAGAACCUGGCAGCUGGAGGAAGCCGACAAGACGACUAUGGCGAUGAUGAUGACGACGACGAUGAGGAAGAGGAGGAUGACGGGUAUGAGGAGGAUGACGAAGAGGAAGAAGAUGAAGGUGAAGAGGAGGAUGAAACUGCUUCGGAGUCUCUGGCUGAGCUGAAGAUAGAUGGCACUGCAGCCUAAAGUAAGACUGAGGAGUUGAUGGUCAGAGUGGAUUUUAACUGAGUGAAAGUCACAGUUUGGCAUAAAUACAGAGCAUUUUGCAUUCAAGCAGCCUAAUGUUCUUGUAAUCUUUGGAAGUAGUUUAUAUGUGUGUGGUUUUUUUUUUUUAGCUUUACACAUUUUGUUUUGUCCAGUCCUGGUACCAAUGUAGUAUGAUGAGGAAGUGGAGGACAAACGGAGAAAAACCAUGAACUGUACCAGAAAGCCAAAGUUUUUACCCAGGAGUGAGGAAAUAAAUAUCAAAAGGCCAAACUGACUAUUAAAAGCUGCAUUCUGCAGUUUGUUGACUAAGAACUAUGAGAUCCUCACAGUUAGGUAGGGUUUAAUAAAAGAACCAUCUAUUAAAGGAUAUUUACAAAUUAACACCUAUAUAAAUAAAUAUAACAUAAUCUUUCCUUAAAAAUAUAGAAAAGCAAAAAUAAUUUUUACUGUGCUAAAAUAAUCUACAUUUAACUUGCUGCUGUUUUGCCCAUCUAGCAUAACAGGAGUAUAUUAUUAAAUGAUCAAGUUUGUCUGCAAAAUGUAAUAACAUUUCAAUCAAAGGAUAGGCAGUAUUUAGCAUCAUGUGGGGGAGGGGCACUAGUAGAUUAUUGUAAACUCCUGUACACAAUGGAUUUCUUUUGCAUUGCAUAAAAAGGACUUUACAAAAGUAUUUCAUUGAAAUUCAGGAGCAGAAUUUAGUUUUGUAGAGUUUCUCUGUAAAACAAGACGAGUUUUAGAUCUCAUAAAAAGGCGCAAAGCGGCUUCCUCUGCUUUACUUGUUUCUUCUAGGCGACACUCAACCAUCACACAAGGUGUUGCCGUUUUACUGUUAUGACUUUUCUCGUUAAAACAAGAACAUGUUUUGGUUUUAACAAAAUAUAAAACUUUACUUUUUUUUUAUCUCGUUAAAACGUAAAACUUUCUCGUUUCAGCAAGAAACUGUUCCUGAAACGAACACUUCCGUACUUUCAUGUGUAAAAAUGGUACGAUGGGAAAUCUUUUGUAGUUCUUAAUCUGUGCCAGAUCUCUGAAAGUUAUCCAGACUGAAUGGUUACGUAGUUGUGGAUUUUCUUUAACGCUUGAGUAUUAGCAAACAAAAACAUAACUGCCAUUAUGUAGAAAUGACAAUGGUUCCUCCCAUGAGAUUUUUCUUGUCAAAAAGAGUUGUGGGUCAUGUAUACUGGAUUGAAAUCAGGUGAAAAGCAGUCGAAGUGUAAGGAAAAUCUUUUAAGGGCCCUCAUAAAGCCUGAUUGAACUGUUGAUCAAAACCACUGUUAAGGUUGAGAAAGUCUAACUGUUAGAAAGCAUAAAACAACAUAAGAAAUGACUCUAAACUGGUUCUCUAUUUUAAGCUCCUUAUUCAUUCCAGCACUCUCUGGUGACUUUUAGGAAUGUUGUGAACUAUUUUAAACUUCAUCCUUCUGCACAGAAUUGAAGGAAUAAAGUUUAAUAUGAAUCUAAAUCAAUAAAAUUGUGACUGAACAUUCUUUAUUUUAAUUCAUUCUCUGAAAUGCUUGGUUUCUAACAGGGUUGGGACUUUAAUUUUAAUGACUAAAUUAUAUAAAUUUAACUAAUUUAAUUGGAUAUUUUUUAACAUACAAAGCUCCUGGGUGGAACCUUUGCAUUUGCGUGUUUCUGGUACACCUGUACAUCUGACGCACAAGUGAUAGCUAAAAAUCGUGAUGGACGACAAAACCGCCGGUUUGGUCCACUGGGAAAAAUUUUUUGCUAAAAAACAUUCUGAUGGGAAUAAACUAUUGAGCUAAAAGGUGUUGGACUAUCAGCGAAGCUUUUCAAGCCUAAAACAGACAUCCCUAAUGCUAAUGUCAUUUUUUCCAAAGCAGGGGUUCCAGAAACACUUAAAAGCUAAAUGGUUGUAUACAAUGGUUGUUGUUAAGCUUGUAUGCAUAAAUAUUCAAUAUUGGCAGCAAAUAGGUUUAUGAAUUGAAUAUUUUGCUUAAGUUGCUUUUUAUUUAAAAUGUGAUUAAUUGUAAUUAAUUACAGGCCCUGCAAUUCACUGGCAAAAUUUUUUAUUUGAGUCCCACCUCUAUUUUUUAAUAGUCGGAGCUCCACUAGUAAAAUUAUAUGAAUAUAUGAAUUCAAAAUCUCUUGCUGUACUGAGAACCUUGUAGAGAGACCAGUGGGAAGAUCUCAUGAAGAAUGUUUCCACUAUUGUGUGUCCAAGGUUUUUGGUAUGGCAUGUGUGGGAGUUUGAUUUCAUCCUGCCUGUUUGUUAUUUUUGUUCAUUAGUGAAAUCCCAUAACAAGAGUUCACAUGUUUUUCCGUCAUUUUAUAGCUAGCUGGAUUGUCCCUACUACAAGGCCAGAUGAAUGUGUCACCCUUCAUGUCUACUGUAACAGAGAACGCAACAUGAGCCUGACGUGCAGCAGGGCUACUCCAGUUCUUUCAGUUCUUUUUGAAACAGCUUAAGGAACUCAUACAGUUGAGCUUGCAAUUUUUUUCCCCCACUUAAUUACUUUAAGAUGUGUUUUUAUGAUCUGACUGGCCAGAAGAUUGUGAACUAUUUUUAUAUGGUUUUGUGGCUUUUCUCAUAAGGAUGGAAUUUUUCCUUCAACGUCUCCAUUGACCUUUUCCAAUUUAAACAGGAUACACAUGCAGGAUGAUAGUAAUCAGCGGUGACUACUGUAAGGGAUGGAGAAGGGCAAUGUUUUUCUUGAAUUAAUUAAGAUUACCUGAAUAAACAAAAUAAAAAAACACAUUUUCUUC